GAAACCGUACACACGUGUUUUGAAGGUUACAGCAGCAGCAGCAGUAACAGCAGCAGCAGAGCCAUCGUUGAUAUUGAGGACAGCGUGUAUGAAUCAGACUAUCUGUCCGUGGCAGAAGAUCUCCAGAGCGUAAAGCGUGUGAGGCAGCAUCGGUGGACAUGGAUCCCAUGAAAGCACAGCAGCUUGCGGCGGAGCUGGAAGUGGAGAUGAUGGCUGACAUGUACAACCGAAUGACCAAUGCCUGCCACAGGAAGUGUGUACCGCCUCAUUAUAAAGAAGCAGAGCUGACAAAGGGGGAGUCUGUUUGCCUGGACCGCUGUGUGGCCAAAUACCUGGACCUCCAUGAGAGGUUGGGACGUAAACUGACAGAGCUGUCGGUUCAGGACGAGGAGAUGAUGAGGAAAGCAGCUGCUGGCAGUGGAUAGAGACAGCGAUGAAGGACAGGGCUGGGGGUUAUUAUAGUAGACACUUGGGUUUGCAUGUCUGGUUUCUCUGCAGUAAAAGAUGGAGGUUUUAAUGUCAAUGUUACAGUGAAAUGAAAACUGAGAAUACUGCAGACAAAGGUGAAGUUCACACUGGAGCACCUCAUGGAACGUUGUUGAGUUGCUCAUCUGUAUCCUAAAGCAUCCUGGAGCUGUCCAUUUAUUUUUGUAGAUCAGUCUGGUCUGUUUAACCUUCAGUCUAAAGUGUGGUGCUAGAGCAGUUACCAGAAAACUGACUACAAAGAUAUAACCUAAACAUAAAACCUGGACAUGGCUGCCAACCAGGCUCUGCAACUGAAGUCCACGACUGCUGAAGUUGACCUCUAACACCAAAGUCCAUAGAGAGAAUUAACAUUUUAACCCAAAAAGACCACGAGUCUACAGCUGCCGCUUUAACAAAAUGUAUGAUCUUCAUUCAAUUUAAACACUGAAAUAACAAAAUAACACAUUUCAGUUUUUUUGAAAGAUACACCAGUGGAUCAACUUCUGUGAGCGGGAGCUAAAAUCUCUGGUUUUGUCUAUGGUCUUUGGUGUGAACAGCAAGUUAGUUCACACAGCCAACAGCAGAAGGCUGUGGUAGACUUAGGCAGGUGUGGACUUUGUCCGGUGAGUCUUUAUGUUGUGUCCUCAUGUUUGUUUUCAGUGAAAAGAAGCAUCAAGUCUCAGACUGGUUCCUGCCCACUAACAAGUUCCUCAGCUGCAAGUAAAACAAAGAACCAGGUCAUGAAAAAAAUAAUGUCUCUGCUUAUGGUCAUAUGAUCUACACUCAAAAAUCUGAUAAUUAUGACAGUCGCCACCAUUCAGUUGUCAUUACAAAUAUCAUGCAGGUACAGCCGGUUAAACAUGCACACCACUGUCCUUUUAUAUUCAUUUUAUAUUUUGUGUGAUACCCCUUUUUCUCCCCCUUUUUCGCUUUUCUCUUUAAAAGUGACACCUUGUGGUUAGAGGCGGUAAGAGCAGUUAGAUGCAAGUACAGUGCACCACCAGUCCAACACGCCCCUAAUACCUGCUGUGACUAUGGUGUAAAACAAACAACUACAACAACAGAAAUCGCUUUUUAAGUUUACUUUGGAUCCAGACUUGGACUGGGGUCGUAGUGGGAACUUGGACUUGUAGACUUGAAGCGCGAACCUCAUAUCUGUGGACUCUUGUGCUGUUUGUAAGUGGACCAUUAAUUAUGACUGUGACGUCACUGUGCCGCAGCCUCCUGUCUGUCACAGAGAAGCUGCUGUGUUUUCAUUUUCAUUCGUUAACCAAUUAAACCACGUAGAACUUUA